GUACUCUUUCUACAUCUCCUUACUUUUUCAUUCAACUCAUGAAAUUCAAAGAGAAUCAAAAUCCCAUUUUAUUAAAUGCCUUACAUUCUGUUUCUUCUUCCCUAAGCUGCCAAAAGAACUGCAACUUUGAUGGUCAAGAUCUUUCCUCUAUGUAGUUUAUGCUUGAAUUUGUGUAAUUGAAUCAAAUGCCAUAACUUGAUUCUUUAACCUGUCCAAUUACCUAUCUGGGUAUGCUUAAUUUGCAUAAAUAUCGAAGCUUUUCAGCUGGAUUUAUAUUAUCAUGAAUAAUUAUCCAUUUGGGUCAAAAAGUCCUAAGUCCUUCAAUGCAUAUCCAAGGGGUGACUUUGAUAUAGAAUCAGGAACUGUUAAAAGAACCAGAAGGCCUAGAAAUUCACCAUUUUACCCUGUUGGAAUGAUUACGUCCUUUGUUAACCGGCUUCAUUACUAUUACAAGCUACAUCCACUUCUUGUUUUCUUCAUUUGCUUGUCAUUUGGGGUUACAAUCCUCAUAGUUUUAUCUCUAUAUGAGCACCACUAUAGGAUGCUGAGUAAUUAUAGGAUACUUGGUGAUGGUUUCGAUAAUAACUAUCCAUUUGCCAGGCUUAAGAAUCUUGUAAUUGUGGCUGGACAUUCGGUUUAUACAAGUAGUAGUUGUGGGAAAGUUGAUAAGGAGGAUUCUUGGUUUUUGGAGUCUUAUCAGAAGAAUAGAGGCCAGGCUGCUACUUUUUUGGCUCACAUAAAAGAAGGGAUAGAAAGCACAGCAAGAGAUGAUGGGGCUUUGCUUCUGUUUAGUGGUGGAGAGACUCGGAAAGAUGCUGGUCCUCAAAGUGAGGCGCAGAGUUAUUGGACAGUUGCUGAAUCCAAAGGAUGGUUUGGGAAGGAAGAAAGUGUGAAGUCGAGGGCAUUAACAGAGGAGUAUGCAAGAGAUAGCUUUGAGAAUCUUCUCUUUAGUAUUUGUCGGUUUCGAGAGCUCACUGGGACAUACCCACACAACAUAACUGUUGUAAGCUAUGAUUUCAAGGAAGAAAGAUUUGCACACUUGCAUUGCUCUGCCAUUGUCUUUCCAGAGUCAUGAUUCUUCUACACGGGCACCCCAGCUUCACCAACUUCCAAAGAAGCAGCUUUGAAAGGUGAGGCAUUGGUGAGGACUCAGUUUCAACAAGAUCCAUAUGGAUGUAUCGGAUUACUUAAGAGGAAAAAGAUAGGUCGUGAUCCCUUCCAUCGGUCAAUUCCAUAUCCCAAUGGAUGCCCCGAAAUCGAAGGUCUGUUUAGAUAUUGUGGGGCUUCUCCUUAUCGAGGUACUCUGCCAUGGGCAGAGUAAAAUUUACUGUAGUAUCUUACUUCUCUUGAUAGCCUGUACCCCAUCUAGACCUCCAAAAGGACACUUGACCACAUAAUAUAAAUUCUUGUUAAAUAAUUUUUUAAUUACCGAACUAAUAGAAAAAGAAACGAUGAAUUUGUGAUGUGAUCACACCACUAAGCUCUCUCUCUCUCUAUCUCGUGAUUUUUCUUCAUUGUUGUCACAGUUAUCGAUAGGAUAAUUGUUGGAGCUUUUGUUUUGCCAUCGGCUUGGGAAUAUCAAACGUGUCAUGUUUUCAGUAAUCUACUGAAUACCUGAUUAUAUUUCCAGAAAUAUAUAGCAUGAUCUCUGGAAUCUCUUUCAUCAUGAUCUUGUUCCCUGGAUUUUAGUCUUCAUUUUGGCUUCUAAUCAAAAACUAAAAGGCCUAGGCAUUUUCAAGGAAAAUGUUGUAUUCUUCUGCUAUUUAUGAUUCUGGAAUAUUCAUGAACUAGGUAAAUUAGUUCCAACUAACAAGCUUGGAGGAAGCUUGUAUUUUGGUGCUGUUUCUAGUUCUGGAUCAUUUAUGAAUUAGGCUGUAGUAAAUGUGUUACAACUUACAAGCUUGGCAGAAGUCUGCAUUAUAUGUAAUUCUGGGCUAUUUAUGAUCUAAGUUUGUAGUAAAAUAGAUUAAACUUUACAUGCUUGAAGUAGAUCUGUAUCAUGUCAAAUACGAAAAUUACUGUAUCGAUACAUUACAUAUGAACU